UAUGGCCACUGAAUACUAUAGACGUCUUCACGAUCUCCCUGUAUUCAGUUCGAUUAGAAUUCAUCGUGGACGUCGCAGUAAUUUUUUCCACAUGUUUUUUCUUACAACAAUUGGGCUAUAGAUUCCAAACGUUAAAUGAUUCCUGGCAAUAUCUUUUACCCGGAUUUAUUUCCGUCCCAGCUGGUGUAUUAACACAUUCUAUAACAGGAAUGACGCUGGAUAAAAUACGGUUGUUACACGCUGAACUGUCGGACCUAUUAAGAAUAUUCAGUGCGGGUUACGGACAAAUGCUAGUAGGAUUUUUUGUAUUCAAUUAUAUCAAUACGCUACUCAGUUUUUAUUAUAUGAUUCAUUAUAACAGUGCGAAAAGUGAAGAGUUCACUUUUACUUAUUUUCUAAAAACUUUUAUAAUAUGCAUGGCGAGCCUACAGAAUGUCACAUUUAUUUUAUCUAUUAUAAUUGCUGCGUCACGAGUACAUGAUAAGGUUAAAUUGUUUAUUAACCAAAUAUCAAUUUUCGAAUCAGACGAAAUCACAGCUUUUGGAAUUUUCAAUAUAAAUUUAAAUCUUGUUGUAUCUAUACUAGUACUACUUAUCACUGGAUUGAUAACGUUAAUACAAUUGAAAGAACAUCCAUUUAUCAAGCAAUCUGUAGGCAGUAUGAUAAUUUUCAUACAAAAUACAUCAAAGGGAACAUUUAAGUAAUUGAAAAAGUAACAAUUUUUUAAUGUACACUCACCGCACGUUAAGAUCAUGACCGGGCGGCGGACCGUUUUACGUACGUUACGCGCAGCCGGUUUUUGACAGUUUUUAAUCUGUUGACAGUUAUACAGUGCUGUUGCAAAAUUAAUAUGAAGUGAGCCAGUGGCAGAUUUACGGGGGGGGGGUCCAAGGGUUCUGGACCCCCCCAGACAUCAUAUAUACAUAAAUAAUUAAUUCAUUUUAUAAAAAUAAAACUAAAACAUUU